AUGUACAGUGAGGUUGGAAAACAAUACAAAGUGGUUCGCUACUCAAACUUCACAGAGAAUCAAACAAUCCAGUUUGAUAAAAAGGGUAAACCUUUGUAUUCAGAAAGUAGCUUCACUAAACAUAUCAGUGAGAACAGAAACCUGGAUAUCUGCGUCGCUGACUACAGUGCCAGUGCUGUAGUCGUAGUCAAUAAGGCUGGUAAUCUCAGGUUCAGAUACACUGGUCAUAGCUCUAUUAUUAAGAAAAAACUAUUCAAACCAUGGGGAAUCACAACAGAUAGUCAGUGUCAUAUUCUGUCAGCAGACUUUUAUAAUAAUUGUAUUCGCAUCCUAGACCAGAAUGGACAGUUCCUACGUUAUAUAGAUAACUGUGAAUUAAAUGAACCUACCGUUUUGUGUGUUGACAAAAGUGAUAAUCUCUUUGUUGCUGAGGAUGGCUCUGGAAAUCUAAAAGAGAUUAGAUAUGUCAGAUAG